CUUUUCUUUUAUGUAAUUUUUAGUGUACGGUGGAAGAUAUUAUUAGGAUUUAAUUGUAGAAACAGAUUACUUCUAUCAGGAACACCAAUUCAAAAUAGUAUGGCUGAGCUAUGGGCUCUAUUACAUUUUAUUAUGCCAACAUUAUUUGAUUCUCAUGAAGAAUUUAAUGAAUGGUUUUCUAAAGAUAUUGAAAGUCAUGCAGAAAAUAAAUCAACUAUUGAUGAAAAACAUCUUUCUCGAUUGCAUAUGAUAUUAAAACCUUUCAUGUUAAGAAGGAUAAAGAAAGAUGUUGAAAAUGAAUUAUCAGAUAAGGUAAGAAUGUGAUUUUAAUCUAAUAUUUAUACAUUUUGAAUUUUUAUGAAUAUUUUUAUAAGCAUCAAGACAAUAAGAAUAAUAGUUCUCUUGUCAGAUUU